GGGCCCCCGUACCGACUCCUCAUGCUGCGGCCAGGAUCCGUAAUCUGUCAUGGGCCCCCUGUACCGCCUCCUCAUGCUUGCUGCCAGGCCCCGUAAUCUGCCAUGGGCCCCCGUACCGAUCUCAUGCUGCUGCAGGCCCGUAAUCCUGUCAUGGGCCCCUGUACCGCCUCCUCAUGCUGCUGCCAGGUCCAGAGUGUGUCAUGGGUCCUGUACGGCCUCCCCAUUGCUGCUGUCUCCAUCGCCACACUCUGCCAUGUGCCACUUUCAGGUCUCCUCACACUGCUGGUGGGUUCCAUUUUGGUCCCAUAGGGUGUGUAUGGCCUCCCAUUGCUGCUGCCUUCACCGCCACACUGUGGCUCCACACUUCUGGUUUUGGCCCCGUGACUGCCCAAAUGAGUGAAGUGUGCGGUGAUUCUAUGAUCGACGGCACUCAUUCCUUUGCUGUCAUACUGAAUGACAGUAUUAUUUCUCUUCCCCAGCAGACUUCCAAGGGCAUUUAAAUUAAAGGUACAGUGUUCGCACUAAUAUAA